UCAAGGCAAGUCAGAGAUACUGUAGACUGAGUAUUCAGGUAACUUUUCAUUGGGAUGUUCGUAUAAUACCAGAAGGACAUAAUGUGCUCUCAGUUUCACGUGCUAGUGCUUGGCUGUGCUUUAUUGAUGAACCUGGUUGCCUCGUGUGACUACCCCUUAGACGUGUGCGGGGCAUUUGCCCCUGGAGAUGUCAUUCUUGGAGGGCUCUACCCUUGCCAUUCAAAUGUGGGAAUGUUAGAUAACCGCACUCAGCCUGACAACUUCCAGUGUUCAGAAUUUGGAGUCCGGUCGUUUGUUAGGAUGCUUGCUAUGAUCUACACCAUUGAGACCAUCAACGAGUCUAAUGUGUUGCCAGGAAUCAAGCUGGGGUACAUGAUCUGUGACACAUGUUCUGACGCCACCAAAGCCAUUCAGUCCGCUGACCUGCUCCUUUCCAAGAACGGCAGUAGAGAGGUGAAAUGCAGCUACACUCGCAGCGUGCCAACAGUUAAGGCAGUUAUAGGAGCUCAGUACUCAGAAGAGUCAAUAGCAGUUGCAAAACUCUUCAAUCUGCAUUUGAUCCCACAGAUAAGCCCAACGUCAUCUGCUUCAGUUCUUAGCGACAAAGUAAGAUAUCCUUCUUUUUUGCGCACCAUUCCCAGUGAUGUUCACCAGACUAAAGCUGUAGCUGAACUUGUCGCCAGAUUCAAGUGGAAUUGGGUUGGAGUGAUCGCCAACGAUGAUGAUUAUGGAAAGUCUGCUGUGCAAAGCUUUGUGGCGAAUGCGGAGAAGCUGGGUAUAUGCAUAGCCUUUCAAGAACUAAUUCCAGCGUACAUCGGCCUCGCAGACAUCAUUAACAAAAUCAAGAAUGUUGCUGAUAAAAUCCAAAAUUCGAGUGCAAAUGUUAUUGUUGGAUUCCUGAAAAGUGAACUGGUCAUCAAACUGUUCACAGAACUGCUGGAACGCAAUGUCUCUAAGACCUGGAUCGCCAGCGACAGUUGGUCUGCUGCCAGAGAUGUGGCCUCAAUGUACAAUAUUAACAAAGUGGGCAAUAUCUUCGGAAUUAGUUUUCAAUUGGGCAACAUACAGGGUUUUGAUGAGUACUUAAAAAACCUGCGACCAGGACCCACAGCGAUAAAUAACUUUAUUGAAGAAUACAAAAGACUCCGCUUUGAAUGUACAGAUGAAUUUGUCAAUUACACACAAUGUGUGACUGCAUCUUCAGAAGAAGCUUGCACCCUCACAGAUUCGCUGAAGCUGAAGUCCCCCAUGGCUUGUAAUUACACAGAUCCAUCCUCAGCCAAUGAUGACUUUCUGCUCUCAAACAUUGAUGUUACAUACAGUUCACACCUAGCAGUGAGGGUGGUAGCACAUGCUUUGAGGAAACUUCUAAAGUGCAACGAUACUGCUUGUGAAGGUGAUGUUGAUUUUCCCCCAUGGCAGCUCCUGAAGGAAAUUAAAGAGGUCAACUUUUCCCAAGAUGAUAGCCUGUUUUAUUUUGAUAAGAACGGCGACUCUGCCAAUGGGUAUGAUUUGAUCUACUGGACGAUGGUCAAUGGUCAGAUCAAGUUCAAAGUUGUUGGGAAAUACAAACUAAAUAAACCCGGUAUGGAGGUUGAUGAAUCGUUUAUCCCUGAUGUGAUUCCAGAGUCCAGAUGUUCAGAGUCCUGUAAACCAGGCACAAUAAAGAAGGUCUCAAACAUCUCCUGUUGCUACAGUUGCAUAAAUUGUUUGGAGGGAACCUACUCCGAUAAGUGGGACAUGGCUGACUGUGUAUCCUGCUCUGGAAAGACCUGGUCUCUGUCAGGAUCAACGCAGUGCCGAAACAAGACAGACAUGUAUUUACAGUGGGAUCAAGGCUAUGCAAUUGUCCUAGUUACUUUUGGCAGCCUUGGGAUUGUAUUGCUUUUCAUCAUAGCUGUGAUUUACACAGUAAACCUAAAAACACCGGCAGUAAAAGCUGCAGGUGGGAACUUGUGUUACCUCAUUGUCGCUUCUCUGAUGCUCAGCUUCUGCAGCAUCGGACUCUUUAUUGGAAAGCCCAAUAAAUACACCUGCCAGAUACGACAGCCUUUGUAUGGCAUUAGCUUCACUGUCUGUGUCUCCUGUAUCCUGGUGAAAUCUUUCAGGACCUUUCUGGCAUUUGUACACAAUUCACAGGUUCAGGCCAAACUAAGGAAAAUAUACAAGCCUCUCCUAAUUAUAUUGUUUUUCACUGUAAUUCAAGGGGUUAUCUGCACCAUGUGGUUAAUCUUUGAUUCUCCGCAGGUUGAUGAGAUUUCAACCAGCCAGACCAUGGAGGUUUUGAUUCAGUGUAGCGAGGGUUCGAAUGUGGGAUUCGGGAUCAUGCUGAGCUAUAUAGGCCUGCUGGCCUUCAUCUGCUUUGUGUUAGCUUUCAAAGGCAGGAAGAUCCCUCACGCUUACAACGAGACUGGAUACAUUAUAUUCAGCAUGCUGGUCUACCUGUUUGUGUGGAUUUGCUUCAUUCCGAUCUACGUUACCAAAAGCGAACAGCGGUCUGCGGUUCAGGCAUCUGCCAUUUUGGCCUCGGAUUACGGGAUCAUUUGCUGCCACCUCAUCCCUAAAUGUUACAUCAUGCUGUUCAAAAAAGAGGCAAACAACGAACAAAAAUACAUGCACAGGGUUCGGCAGUCCAUGGGGUCUGUGUUUUCAGUGGAAGCAGCCAUGGCCACAGCUCAGACUUUACUUAGGGAUAGAAAGAGGUGGCAUGAGAGUCUCAGGAAAAGACGCGGUAGCUGGUAGCUUGGACUGACAGGUCAAGCCUCAGAGGUCUUUCCAACCUCUCAUUUACAGGGUUUCCCAGUAUUGGUAUUGGGAAUUUAACAUCAAUAUUUUUAUUGUAAUUAUUUCUUGAUUGGGAAUUGAGUAUUAAUAAUGUUACAAAAAUUACGUUUUAAGUGGUUUGAAAAAGGAGCCAGUAUGCACAAAAAAAAAAGAAAAAUGUGGGUGGAUGUGGCAGUGUGAAAGCUCUGCUGAAGCAUGGGGGUGUGUGUGUGUGUGG